CGCCCGAGUGGGUCAGCUCUGAGAUGGUCCUGGCACCCGACAUUCCUGAGGAGUUUCCACCCGAGACGCGCGCUUGAGGGCUUGUGUUUCCUGUGAUCCCGGAAAGCAAAUGACCACUCGGUCGCCAGCCACGCCGGGCAGACUCCUUUCGGGACUUGUCCUACUACUUGUGAUAUUUUGGAGACACAUCCAGUGUGAACAGGAAGGCAGCCAUAGAAGGAUGGGAGACUUUCUCUCAGCUCUUCUGAAGCUCUGAGAGCUGGGAACAUGGAGGGGAAGGAGGAGGAGCUUAAAAGAGGUCACUGGAAUCAGGCAGCUAUGGCUGAGGAGUUUGUGACUCUCAAGGAUGUAGCCAUGGAUUUCACUCUGGAAGACUGGGAAGAGCUGGAUCUAGAUCUGGAUCAGAGAGACCUGUUCUGGGACCUUCUCUUGCUCAGUAAGCAUCACCUUGAUCCUAGUCACUGCUUUCUGCCCGUCACCCACAGGAUCCUGUCAUCGGAUGCACAGUGCACAGGACAGCACCUUGUGACAGAGGCUCCUCCAGCCCUGAGCACGGACAGUGCUGGGCCUCAGGAACCCACUCUGGUCCCUGCUGGCUUCUUGCAUCCCCUCCCUUUCCUGCUUGUGACUGGAGCCUUUCCCUGGGCAGCAGGGUCAGGAGGCCGAGGCUGCCGUCCUCUCUGCCCACACAGCUCAGCCCUCACUCACCCUCCCCAAUCACACAGUGUACACGAAUAUUCCACAACAGAAGUCACUCUGCCUAAGCCCCACCCUGGGCUUGGUGAGUGUGCAGACUCUCCUGGGAGCCCAGCUCUUUAUGUGAGCAAAGAUCUGGUGAAGAGGAAACCAGAGAACAGUGCGGGCUGCGGGCACCGAGACGACAAAGUGACUGAGACCAAGAACUCUACUUUGCAGCAGGGCUUCUUGGAAGAAGGCCUCUCGGUUAUGGAGACAUUUUCUAAGGAGGAAUUCACCUUUGAAGUCUGUAUCGGUGAGAGCUGGUUAGAGUUUGCCAGAGAUCCAGAAGGUCUUCCAAGAUCUGACAUUACCAACAAGGAAAACACAGAUGGCAAGAGCAGCCUCAGUGCUGGGCCUCUCUUUUCCACAGGACAGGAUACGUGAUGAUAUUCCUGAAAGAACCUCACACCAGUGACACUGAAGGAAUCCAGGACUGACUUCAGCUACUACUUAGAACAGAGCCAGAAGGACUGUGUCCAGGGAGAAGAGAAGCUAUAUAAGUGUGGUGAGUGUGGGAAAAGCUGCAGCCAGAGUUCCCACCUUCCCCUGCACUGGAUUGUCCAUGUGAGGGAGAGCACCCCUGCAUGGCAGGAGCGGGGGGGGGGGGGGUGUCAGCAAGGCUGCUUUCCUUCUCAUGCAUCCAGGGGCUCAAUGAGCUACAAAUCAUACAUGUGUCAGGAACGUGGGGAAAGGUUUAGUCAGACUAUGCACCUCCAGUGGCAUCAGAAAAUCCACACUGGAGGAAGCCUGUGUAGAACUCAAAGUGACAACUGAGGAAGCCAUCCAGAGGCAAAGUGGCGAGCCACAACGCUGCCGCCGAGUAAGGGUGCUGACUCAGCAAAGCUGUGUAAAAUUCAAGGUUGGGACCAAGAAAAUCCACCGACUAGUAAUAGUAGUGACCAAAAAAAGCUGCAUAAGUGUCCAUCCAUUCUUCAUCCACAGCCUAUUAAGCAUCAGAAAACUCCUACAAACACUAAGUCCUACAGAUGUAAGAAAUGUGGGACACUCAGCCAGGCCUUUCAUCGAGCUGGGCACCGGAAAGUCCACACUCAGAAACUCUGUGACUGUACUACAUGCCCUGAAGUCUUCCAUGUAAGGAAACAUUUUGUCCAACAUUGAAAAACUCGUUUUGCAAAAACUGUCUUUGAGUAUCAAGAAUGCAAAAAGAUCUUUAAUCAGAGGUCACCACACAUUGAGCACCGGGCUGUUCAUACAGGAGAGAAGCCAUACAAGUGUAAUGAAUGUGGGAAAGCUUUCAGCCACUCCUCCACCCUGAAGAUCCACCAGACCCACAGUGGAGAGGAGCCUUACAAAUGCAGUGAGUGUGGGGAAACCUUCUGUCGGAGCACACACCUAAAUGAGCAUCGGCAAAUCUGCCUAGGCUACAGACCCUACCAGUGUCCAGAAUGUGUCAGGAGUUGUAGCUGUUCCUCACAUUUGAUUCAGCAUCAGCUGAAUCACGCCACAGAAAAGCUCCUUGGCUGUGCUAAGUGCAAGAAGACCGAGACCAUCAGCCAUAAAGAACAACCAGUGCAGCACCAUAAAGUUCACACAAAUGAGUCCCCGUAUGAAUGUAAGCCUUGUGGAAAACACUUCAUUUGCAGCUCAACUCUGAAUUGCCACCUGAGUAUUCACACCAGAGAAAAUACACAGGAGGUGGUUUUGGGUCAGAACUCAAGGCAUACUGAGAAGUACUUGAAGUGUAACAAGUGUGGAAAAGCCUUCAGCCACAACAGAUCCCUAGGGCAGCACGAGAAGAGUCACACCAAGAUGACAUCCUGUGAGUGUAACCGACGUGGGAAAACCUAUGAACAGAGGAUGCACCUCAUUUGCCAUCAGAGCAUCCAUGCUGGUCUGAAGACAAAUGAAUGCAUGUGCAUGAAGCCUGAGAAAUCCAUGCAUAACACCUCUGUCACUGAGCAUCAGGCUUCGCAAAGUGCACCCUUUAAUUGUAACAAAUGCAGCAGAAUCUUUAAUCAGAGUGACCACCUUUUGAAACAUCAGUUCAUUCACACUGGAGAGAAACCCUUUAAAUGCGAUUUAUGUGACAGAGCCUUUAAGCAGAGUAACUACCUUAUUCAGCACCAGAGAAUUCAUACUGUAAAGAAGCACUUUGAGUGUAGUGAAUGUGGGAACACAUUUAGUCAGAGUUCAUGCCUUUCUAAACAUCAGCAAAUUCACACAGGGAAGCCUUUUAAAUGUGGUGACUGUGGGAAAGCCUUCAUCUUGGGUGCCCAACUCAUCCGACACCAGAGAAUUCACACUGGGGAAAAGCCGGAUGUUUGUCAGGAAUGUGGGAAAGCCUUCAGCCAGAGCUUCUGCCUUUUUCUUCACCGUGGAGUUCACAGGGGUGAGAAGCCAUACACAUGUAGCAAAUGUGGGAAAGCCUUUUCCCAAAAAGCAAAUCAAAAGAAGCAAGAGAGGAUUCACGGUAGAGGAAAACCUUAUACCUGUGAUGUGUGUGGCAAAGCACUCAUCUCAGUCAACACCAGAGAACUCACCCCCAGAAGAAGCCACAUUGUCAGGAUUGUCACCAAGCUUUUCACAGCUGCUCUGCUCUUAACAAACAUCAGCAACUUCAACCUUGUAAAGUAAGAGGUAGCACUGUCCAGAGCCUCUUGGUGACAGCAGAGUCCCAUCAUUUGAAGGCAUUCACAUGAAGUCAGCCAUUGAAACCAACACAUUGCAAACCUCCCCUCCCAGUAAGUCCUGUAAAAAUUGAUGAGACAGCCAGGCAAUGGUGGUGCACGCCUUUAAUCAAUCCCAGCACUUGGGAGGCAGGCCAGGCUUUGUGAGUUCGAGGCCAGCCUGGUCUACAGAGUGAGAUCCAGGACAGGCACCAAAACUACACAGAGAAACCCUGUCUUGAAAAACAAACAAAAAAAUUUAUGAGAAAGAAUGUACAGAUUGAUCUCAUUUAGAUCAGUGGUUUUUCCACCUUCUAAAGCUGCAACCCUUUAGUAUAGUUCCUCAUGUAGACAUCUGUGUUUUCUGAUGGUCUUAGGCAGCCCCUGUGAAAGGGUCAUUCACCCUCAAAGGGGUCACAACCCACAGGUUGAGAAUCACUGAUUUAGGCAAAAGAGAAAAAUUAAGAAGCUGUGAGGCAGGUAAGGCCCAAAGCACUGGGCCAUGCCUUAGGCAAAUGAAGAGCUCUGACAUGUGCAAUAGUAUCCUGACCCAGAGGAGCCUGAAACCAGACCCCCAAGAUGACAACUGCAGAUGUAAGACCCAGAGCCAACCAGGAAACACCACGGCAGCCGGAAGCAGAGCCCACCAAAAAGUACACACAUAAAUACCUCAGUCCUUUGUUUAAUAAACAAGAUUGCUUGCAAACCUCCCAGAGCCUGUGUCCUUGGUUCUGCGUCUGCCCACCCACUGCCCCAGCAUCAGAGACAGUGGGAUCCCAGCUGCAGAAACAGCAACAAAGCUGUGUAAUUGCCAGGCAGUGGUGGUGCACGCCUUUAUUAUAGCACUCAGGAGGCAGAGGCAGGGGGAUCACUGAGUUUGAGGCUAGGCUGGUCUACCAGUUUCAGGGGCUGGAAACCCUCUUCUACCUCCAUAAGUACCACCCCCAUAAAUAAAAAUGAUUUUUAAAAAUAAACCUAACCCAAACUGAGGUAGUGCUGCAAGAGCAGAGCGCUGACAGAAGCGCCUGAAGGUGGACCUUCCACUGUAUUAGCCAAUCACCCCUUUUCUGAAAGACGCAUAAUGCUCUUGGUUGACAGGAAAUCUCUGAUAAACUAUUGGAAAACGAACAGCAUGAGUGAUGUGAGGCCUUGAAGAGGUGGGAAGCCUCAUGAAUUUCCAUUCAUCCUUGGGAGGAGGUGCAGUAGGGGGAGAUCCCACAGAGCAUUGUGUCUGGCUGGAAUUCUAGUGUUAGCACCUAGGCUUUGAACUGCCUUUUGUGAUACUACCUUUUGUUACUGUUACCUUUUGUUUGAAGUGUUUGAUUCUUAUCUGAGUUCUUCCUAAAGGGUUCAAAGCUUUUGCAAGACUUGGUUAUGAGAGGACUUGACACACCAGAGGUCUCAUAACUGGGAAUUGCUUAGUAUGUGGAAAUUGAUUUGCUAAGAGGUGUAAAUUGUGUAACAAUAAAAAGGUCUACAAAGUGAGUUCCAGGACAGCCAGAAAU